CCUGUGGUCUGCAAGGACGGUAGUUCAGUUUUUGUCGGUGAGGUCUCGGUCUGCUCUGGGUGUAGUGCCUGAGCGCUGGUCCGCCCAAUGGCAGCUCCAUUGGGGAGACACGGCACGCUGUUGCCGUGGAGCUCUGUUGCCGUGGCUCUGUUGCUGAGGCACGGUUGCUAAGAGCGUGAGCAGCAGCAGUAUGUAAUGCCUCCACUGAGGUAGGAGGGGCCAGGCCGGCGAGACGGACAGAUCUGACAACAGAGCCUCGCCUUUCUUUGCCCCCUCCUCUCUGAGAGCAAAACCAUGAGAAAUAGAUAAGGAUAAAACAAGAAGAGACAGGGUGAGGGAGGAAAUAAGUGACAACACUGCUUUUUGUUUGAUCCAUUCAUACAAGUGUGUGACAAUCACAUCUGAAUGAAUACUAUAUACUGCAAUGGAAAUAGCUAAAAUGGACAAAAUGUUCUGUUGGUUACAUAACAAAUUAAUAAUUUAUUUUUUAUGCGGAAAAUAUGCUCUGAAAUGCUUUCAGUGACAGGUUGACCUGUUAAGUUCUUUUAUCACUUAAACAGUGUAAAAAUUCAAUCUUGUUUUGUUAAAAUAAGAUUUCUAGACAUCACCUAAGAGAUAACUGUCAACAGUUGGGAAGGGGUCAUUCAACCCCCCCAAAAUGGACUGAAAUAAAAGAUAAAAAAAACUGUUCAAAAAAAAAAAAAACAGCAGAAAGCAAAACUGAGGUAUUUUGUAUUGUGCCUUAACUGAUAACUCCACUGAGGACAUAUUGGAAGUUUCGUGGUCAGGAUAUUCCCUGAUUUGAUUAAUUUGACUACAAAAUUAGCCCUUUAAUGCCUGAAACCACAAAUUAUGGCCAGAAAAAUCAAAAAAUUUUGGAGCUGAAAUGUUUAUUUCACUUACUACUGAAAACCAAAAAAAAUCUAAAUGUCCUUACAAUUGAACAAAUAUAUAUAUUUAUCUUGUUUGAUACAUUAGAUGUUUUUGGAAGUGGAUAAACCACAAUAGGACAUUUUAUCGGAUUGUAUUCAGUUUUUCUUUUUAGUAAUUUGUUGAUCAUGUUGAUUUGAAAGAAAUAUCAUAAAAGUAUGUAUCAAAUAUGAUACAAAGGCAUUAAAGGACUAGGUAUCUAUUUUCCUCUUUUAGAACAGUUUCAGAUUGUAUAGUUGAUUUACACCUGCACAUUUCUGUGAGAGAAUACAGUUUCUUUUUUUACUGUGUUCCCAAGAGUAAAAGCGAUAAUACAUUUUAGGGAAAUUAUUUUAAGAGUGUUUUGUUUCUGACCAAUGUGCAGUGUUUACAACAUACGAGUUACUUGACUGUAUAUAAACCAAUGUAAAAGUCAUUAUUUCAUGAGUAAUAUUGCUUGUUUAAUUAUUAAAUGCAACAGGUCUUAGACAGAAUGUUAUUUUCUUUUGGGACUUUAAAAUAGCUAUCCGUUUUUAAAUGCAUUUUGUUUUUAUCUUCGAUGCUCUAAUAAUCACAAUUCAACAUGUAAAAUGAGAGUGAGUAAUUACCAAUUCACACAAAGAGAGAGUUGACUCGGGCUGAUAUUCCUUCCAGGGGGGUUAAUGUGUAACUCAUUAUCAUGAGUUAAGAUGGACGUUUCAUAGACAAAGUAUAUUUUAACCUCACUUUGGCAUAACUAUUAAUGGCGUCGUAGCAUUGAAUCACCAUGAACUGAGUCUUGAGCAUAAGUCUUUUUGACAUUAACUACAGGAUUCUGUGUGAGGCUUACCCUGCUUCGACAUCACUGACACUGCCCUCUUGUGGUUGUUUCAUUGAACUACUUUUAAAAGAAGUUAGUGAGUUAGUAAAAUCUAAUUUAACGUUUCAAAUAGCUUUAAGACUCAAUGCGUCAAACUACAAAUAAUCUUUUCAUUUACCCUCAAAAAACAAACAAAUAAUCUGGUAGUUAUAGCUCACGGCCGUCAUGUUUUGGGAUGCCACGCCUACGCCUGAAUUCAAAUCUGGCGCCCUUCGACCACAGUCCGACCACGCCUCCUACUCCCUCGGGUUUCUUGUUUGCGCAGCCGCAGAGGCUGUUAAAUACCGCCAUUUUGUGUUAGGCCCACUCUCCCAAAGCGGGAGAAAAUUAUUAGCGCGGCGAUCAUCACGCACGGACGCGUACUGCAGGACAGAGGAGAUCGGCCACAGCUUGUGAGCACCAGGACGAAUACAAGCGAAAAAACAAGCAACCAAGAGUAAGUGAAGCAGCUUCUUUGCCCCCAAACACGGAAACGUUUUUGUAGGAGCUGCCGUCGGCCUCUAGGUGUCACGGUAGGGCUUACCGGCCAGGCGGCUGGCGGGGGGUGUUUGUCUCCCUCUAUCGUUAUCUAAAAUUUACUAAAUCUGUCUAUAAACUCCAACUCUUAGUCCCAGUUGAGCGUUUGGUGAUUUUCGGUGGAUGUUUUGUGUGCAGCUGCAGAAGAAUGUUAGAGAUGGGCUUUGUUUCUGAUAAAAGUUAGUUAGGCCUGUCGUCCAUCUUCUCGUGCCCUUUGUUUCCUGUUUUCAGACGUCCUCGCGCCUCCGGAGUUCACUCACUAACUAACACGAGUUGACGUCGCAGUAGUUUUACUCGUUUUACACAAGUUUUGUUUUUGUGUAUUAAAGAUUUAAACGUAUAUGAGUGCAUAACAGUCGGCCGUGUGAGUGAGAAUUAUAAAUUGUUUUUUUAUGCUUUAGAAACUAAGUUGAGGACAGGAAGUCGUUAACUGCCGCUCUUUAGAGACGAAGUCGGCAGUGGAUAAACUACUUAAACAUAAUGUUCCUGAUUUUUACUAACGUAUGGUGACGGCUUUUCUCACUCUUACUGAACUCUGUAAAGUGUUGUGGAAAAAAAUAUUGUUACCAAGUUAGCCAAGUGACCUUUUUUUUGUGACUUACAACGACCUAUUGAAUAAUAAACGUUCACAGACGAUAACAAAAAGCCACACGUCAAAGGAUCAUGUUUAUAUUUCUGUGAAGACCACUUAAAACACCCAAAGUGUAAGUAGUAUACUGGUGAUACUGGUGAGUAUUAGCAGACUUGCCAAUCAGGCAUAUCCAGGCACUUCACUAAGACACUUAAACACAUCAGUUACACUCCCCGUGACCCCAUUGGUUCAUUCAUGAGCUAUGGCCGUACUGAGCACUAUUGAGGACUACUAACAGACGUGGAAAGAAAGGUAGUUUCACCAAAUUUCACAGCAGUUCAAAUAUUUUUACAGAUAGGCUUGUCACUCAAGGUAAUACAACCAUUAUCGACAUAACACUAUUUUCGCUCAUAUUUUGUCCAUAGUCGUCAGGAAAACACCUAUAACUUCAUUGACAUUAAUUUUGGAAGUCUGCAUCACGGUUUGACAUGAGCUCACUUUUGAUUCAACAAAUGCCAUCUUUACCAGCCUUUUAAGCAGUUUAGGGAAAAAGAGAAGUCAGCAAAAAUCAACAUUAUAUGGCAAAUAUUUGUGUUUGCAUUGAAAGCAGACCCAUGAAGUGUUACAUUAGAUGUAAUAUUAACCCUGUCUGUGCUGUUUCAGAGCUAGCGGCGCAGAACAUGAAUCAAGGAUUGAAUGCCAAAACAUAGGCAGAAGUUAGUAUCUGUGAGGAUUGUGAACUUGAUUGUCUGGUGUCCUGACACCAGAGGGCUAAAAACUUCCUGCACUUCUAUUGUCAACACUCUUGAUAAAUUAAACUGAAAUUCAUAAUCCUUUUAGAUUAAAUAAAAUUUUUCUGUAAUUUUGUGUGUCGGGUGUCAGUUGGCCUGUCGCCAUGGAGGGCGAGGCUGUUUCCAUGGAUGCUACCCAGGCUGCUGAUGGUAAGGUCCUGCCUGAGGGUGGAGAGGCCAUGAUUCAGGGGGUUACCAUAGCUCCUCAAGGAGAAGUGGCGGGUAACAUGGAGAUGAUGGUGAUGGAUGCUCUUGAUCCCGCUCUGCUACAAAUGAAGACUGAGGUGUUGGAGGGCGCAAGCACGGUGACGGUUACAGGUGGAGAUGAGGGUCAGAUCAUCACACUGCAGGUAUGUCUUCAGCAUGAUUGUUAACAAGUCAUUGCUUCUGUCAUCACAUGUUGACAUUUUCAUCAUUUGCUGGAGUUGAAAGGUUUCUUUUCUUUGUGCAGGUUGUAAAUAUGGAGGAGCAGGCUGGGGCCGCAUUGGGUCUUGGUCAGCUCCAGUUAGUGCAGGUACCUGUAACAACAGGAACUGUAGAGGGCCUGCAGGCAACCUAUGUUGAUGCAACAGCUAACAAGGAUGCAGAGCCGGUUAUCUGUCACACUCUCCCUUUGCCAGAGGGCUUUCAGGUAAGAAAAACCUCUGGCCUGCUGUGCAGAUAUGUUUGUCCUUCAUUGUUGAUACCAGUCUUGUCAGCUUCAAAUGCAAAUCUGAUAUUUUAGGUGGUGAAAGUGGGUGCCAAUGGUGAAGUAGAGACUGUGGAGCAGGAGGAGCUUCAGACAGCCCAUGAGGAGCUCCAGGGAACGAGGGGUGAGGAGGGGGAAGAAGAGGCAAUUGAAACUGCCGAACCUCAGCCAGAAGACCCAGAAUGGACCAAGGACCCAGACUACCAGCCCAUCACCGCUGUCCGCAAAGCAAAAAAGGGAAAGAAAAGCCGCCUGCGCUACGGGGAGGGGGAUCGUGACAUGGAUGUUUCUGUGUAUGACUUUGAAGAGGAGCAACAGGAAGGGCUGUUGUCAGAGGUGAAUGCUGAGAAAGUUGUGGGCAACAUGAAGCCACCAAAGCCCACCAAGAUCAAGAAAAAAGGUGAGACUAACAAAGUGCCCCUUUUAAUCAAGAUAUGUGUAAAAGUGGCUAUGUGAGACUCCUCUCUAUCCUGUAUAAUUUUACAUUUGCAUAACAUUGAAUCAUCCAAUCAUCUCCCCUUGGUGCUCAGGUGUAAAGAAGACGUUUCAGUGUGAGCUGUGUAGCUACACCUGUCCCAGACGCUCCAACCUGGACAGACACAUGAAGAGCCACACAGACGAGAGACCACAUAAGUGUCACUUGUGUGGGCGAGCCUUCCGAACAGUUACACUGCUAAGAAACCACCUGAACACACACACCGGUAAUGUUAAACCUGAUCCUUUUUUGUGGAUUUUUUUACGCUUUCUGGUUGUCAGUCUUAUAUUCGGAUAAUUUGUAGUUCCAGAUCUAUGACUAGAAUUGAUUCAUGUGACUGAAUGAUUACUGAGGAUAAUGACUGUGCCCCGGUUGCUGGUUUUUAGUUAGACCCUCUCAGUUCUGUACUCGAUGAACAGAGUAUACACAGUUGGCAGCAGCACAACUUCUCUCCUUUGCACACAGACUGGUGACAGUGGGUUACUAAACUCAUGCUGUGUCUAUUACUCUGCAGCUUUAUUGUCUCUCUUUGUUUUGCUUCAUUUAAGAAGACUCAUUAAAUAUGGUUUAAAUGGGCACAUUUCCAGAAUGGCAUCUAACUGGCAAACUAAAAUAGUAUUAAAUUAUUAGUACAUAAUUAUUUUGAAAUUAUUUUAUUCAAAACUACAUAUCCACUGCACUGCACAAAAACUACAUAAAAUAUGUCAGUGGAUAUGCAGGUGUCUGAUUUUUAACUGAUCUUUUUACCACUUUAGACCUUUUUAACAAUCAUAUUGGAUUAAGUAAUUGACCACUUCUGACUCCUUAAUGGGUAAUGGUUGACUGUAACUUGCUUUGUUUUUUUGACACUUAGAUGUUUUUGUUUAAUGUGCUUCUGUUUUGUUCAUUAUUUUCACUUUUUUUCUGUUCCCAGGUACUCGGCCACAUAAAUGCACAGAUUGUGAUAUGGCAUUUGUAACCAGUGGUGAAUUGGUGCGCCAUCGCCGUUACAAACAUACACAUGAGAAGCCCUUCAAGUGUUCUAUGUGUGAUUACUGCAGUGUCGAGGCAAGUCUCUUUGUAUUAAUGUGUUUGUUUUUUAAAGGUAUCUCAUCUGCAAUGCUUUUCUCGUAUCCUGCAAACGUUUAUUUAAAAUCUUUCUUAUCUUUAGGUGAGUAAGCUGAAGAGGCACAUCCGCUCGCAUACAGGAGAGCGACCCUUCCAGUGCAGCCUGUGCAGCUAUGCCAGCAGAGACACGUACAAGCUGAAGAGGCACAUGAGGACACACUCAGGUUACCUACCAGAUGUCAUAUUAAGCAGCCUUCAAUGAAGCUAGAAGUUCAUGAAAAGAUGAGAAUCUAACCCAUUACCAUAUUUUUGUUGCUGCAGGUGAGAAGCCAUAUGAGUGCUACAUCUGCCAUGCCCGUUUCACGCAGAGUGGCACCAUGAAGAUGCAUAUCCUGCAAAAACACACAGAGAAUGUGGCCAAGUUCCACUGCCCUCACUGUGAUACUGUCAUCGCACGUAAAAGUGACCUUGGUAAGUUUAGUGUAGCUUUUUCUGCUAAGCGCAAAAAGAAGAUGAUGUGCUAAAGAGGCCUCUUUUGUAAAAUUCUGAAUUCAAACAUGUACGUUUGUUUUCCAGGUGUUCAUUUGCGAAAGCAGCACUCAUUCAUCGAGAAGGGAAAGAAAUGUCGUUACUGUGAUGCUGUGUUUCAUGAGAGAUAUGCUCUCAUCCAACACCAGAAGACUCACAAGAAUGAGAAGCGCUUUAAAUGCGAGCAGUGUGACUACUGCUGCAGACAGGUUUGUUUCAAGUAAAAUAUGAACCAUUGGAGUUGAUCUCCCCUCCUUUUUAGUUUCAUGCUGAAUAAGAAUCUUUCUCUGACAUAUUUCCCUCCAGGAGCGCCACAUGAUAAUGCAUAAGCGCACACACACAGGGGAGAAGCCAUUCGCUUGCAGCCAAUGUGAUAAAACCUUCCGUCAGAAACAGCUACUGGACAUGCACUUCAAACGCUACCAUGAUCCAAACUUUGUCCCCACUGCAUUUGUCUGCAACAAGUGUACCAGGACAUUCACCCGCAGGGUAGGAUCAAGCUCUGAAUUCUAGCACAACUUCCAUUUAUUCUGUUUUUUUUUUUUUUGUUUUUGUUUUUUUUUAAAUCCUGUGACUUUAUGGUGAUCUGUGUGUGCUAAAUAGAACACGAUGCUGCGUCAUGCUGAAAACUGCACGGGUGAAGCUGUCGGAGAGGAGAAUGGUUCUCCCACACCCAAAAAGGGUCGCCGUGGCAGGAAGAGGAAGAUGCAGUCAAGGCGGGACGAUGGUGAUGAUGACACAGGUAUGGUAUACACUAGCUGUUGUUGUGUGUCAUUGUGCUUUAUCAGCCGUUCUUUUGCAAUUGCCCCUCACUUUACAUCAGAACACUACUGAAGCAGAACAUCUACUGAAAAUGUUAGGUUUUAUUUUGAUUGUCACAUGUGUCAAAAUGUCUAGCAGGAUGAUUUUUAUGGUGUGAUGGUUGGUAAAGACUGCAUGGCGAAAGAAAAAACAGGUUCUGGGGAAUUAUGGUAAAAGUUGGACCUUUGCAUCAAAACUCAUCUCAACCUCAAACGGUUUGUAAUUGGCAUGUUCAUCACUAGCAAAAAUAUUUCCUACUAAAUUUGCAAUGAGUAUUCAUGGCAAGUGAUCUUUUUGAAACAAAAUACAAGCCAGUAUCCCAACGGUCAUCGAUUAUGAGAGUGGAAAAAUGUAUGAGUAAGUGCAGAAGAAUUGAGGGCUGUUUUGCAGUGAUGACCAAGUGUCUGUCAGCGCAGACUCAGACAGGUUUUACCAUGGAGUCACCAUCACUUCUCCUUUCAUUCAAAACUGGGACUCAAAGACUGCUGUCCCUAAGACACGAUAAAGAACUAAGUACUGAUGAUAAGAAUACUGGAGAAAAAUUAGCCAACAGGUGAAAAUUUUAUAAAAUGAAAUUUAUUUUAAUUUAUGUCCAGAACCUGAAGUGGAAGAUCCAGAAGAGGAAGAGGACCUUUUGGAUGAGAUCGAGGUUGAACAGGCCCCAUCUGUGGUCCCAAUUCCAGCCCCUGUGGAGCCACCAGUCAAGAGGAAACGUGGACGGCCACCCAAGAGCAAACCAGAUAGUAAGUGUUAAACUGUGAAAUUUAUGGGCAUAUUGAAGUAGCUUCAACUACAGAGCUGAAACUCAGAAUCCUGUGUUUCCAUUUCUUGAUGUUUGUGUGAACCAAGUAAAGCAAGGCCUUACAAGACUCUGACCUGAAUCUCUUUACAGCUGCUGUCAUCAUCCGUGUGGAGGACGAGGCCACCGGAGAGGUGGAUGACAUAAUUGUGAAAAAAGAAGUGGGAGCUGAACCAGAUGACCAGGAGGCUGAAGAAGUGAUAGUUGGUGAAGGGAAGACCACUAUUCAAAUGGAGGAUUUGCCAGAAGAGGAGACAGCACAGGGAGAGCAGCUAUCUGACGCCCCACCCAAUGGAGACCUGACCCCUGAGAUGAUCCUCAGCAUGAUGGACCGGUGAUAGAAGACCGAGUCAAACCUGUAAAAACACAUGAGACCCUUGAUGUCAUUUUUAAUUCUUAACAUUUAGGAUAACUAACACCUUCAGUCCACAACAGAAAAAAAACAUCACUCGUGUAAUUUAAGAUUUGAUUUUUAAUCAUGUCAUGAUAAAGAGUUCAAUGAUUGAAAAAAGACACAAGAUGAUUUUUCCUACCAAAAGAAAGCUAUUUAGUAUAUUGAAAACGCAAUUUAGUAUAUCAGAGUGUGGGGUGGCUGUAAUUGACUGCAGGAUCUUUGGCUCUUAAUUGUUGCCUCGGUUGUUGUUGACCUUUUUUGUUAUGGUCACAAACAGCUCCCCUCAAUAACUUCAGGGUAAAUUUCUUCUGGCAAGAUUUCUGCAAAAUAGUCAGCUAAAUGUGUCAUGUUAGACUGAGUAUGCCCUGAAUCUAAGUAGUGCAUGUGUCAUUGAAAGAAUCCCAGUUAUGUUUCUAAACUCAUUUUCCAAAGCCCGUUCUAUUUAUGCCAUUCUAUGUGCUUUGUUAAAUCUGUGACUAGAUAUUUGUAGCUUUCUUUUUUGCCAUGAUUACUGUUAAUGUGUGAUAUCCUCACUGAAGAGUAUCCCUUACCUCUCAGUCUGGAAACAUAAGCUCUUUAAAGCAGCAGAAGUUAAAGGGAGGAGUAUAAAUUAUAUGUUGACCAAAUCAGGUCAUUUAAUGUCAAAGCUUACAGAUAAGAGAGGCAAAAACUGCCAUUAAUCACAGCCACUUCCAAUAUUUUUUAAGAAAAAAUAUUUUGAAUAUCUUUAUAUUUUGGUUCCUUUUAAUGGUGUUAGUGAAUCCCUUUUUAAGCAUAUUUUAGUUUUAAGUAGAUGUGUUGCUUAUUUUAUGCUUGUCUCUUGCUUCAGUAACACCUAGGUGAUGAUGCUCAUUAACUUAACAUGGUCUUGUCAAGUGCAAGGGAAAAACUUAAGUUUAUUCCCUUGUGUUGCCAUUCCACCUUGGGUUUAUAUUUUCUUUUUUGUACUAUUGUCUAUACAAUGCUUCAUACCUUGAAUGACGUUUUAACUGUGUGACUAGAAGCUGUAUGACUGUACAACCAAUAAAAAAAUAGACUGAUGCUGACAGUUUUGUGCCCAUAGUCUUACGGAUCAAUUAAAUUUGUAUGGUUUGAAUGACAAGUUAGCAUGAUAGUGGUACAUACAGAAAGAUAAUUUUUCAAAUCAUUGGUUAUCUUAUAUAGCUGAGAAAAGAGCUCCACACAAAUGUCAUUGUAUUUUGCUUGCAAAUAUAUUUUAUUAAAUGUAAGCCUCGAUAUUACAAUUGUAACUCGUUUUUUUUCUGUGAUAGGUUGUAGGUUGGUGUAAUUACAACGCUUCAAAGAUGGAAGCAGCAUCACAUACAAUUAAUGAUAUUAAAGGGAUAUUCAACAAAAUUGAUUUAGGGUCAAACACACCACAACACCAAGUUAGACACUCCCUCAAGACAUUAAUGUUGCCAACUGCUUGCUUCUCUAGUUAUCCCAACUUUAGUAACGACUGCACGAUAGCAAUA